AUGGACAGCCCGCUCCACUUUUGCAACGUAACCAAGCACAUGAAUCCGUGGUGUUUUGGGCCAGAUCAAUUCGAAAAUGCAGCCAACAGCGAAGCCCAUUAUGUUGGCACUGGGCCAGAGAUCUGGCGGUAUAAACCACCGGACAACUCGAUGGGCACGGGAGGCACCGUCGGGGGCGUGUCCAGAUUCCUCAAGGAGCAAAACCAGUCGUUUCAAGUGUGGCACUUCGACCCGAUUGAAGGCGGGGCGUCGUCCGACUAUGUCAACACCAAGCAGUCUACAAUCGGGCCCGAUGGCUUUGAGUUUAUUCUAAAGCGCGAUGGUGCCACGGUCAGUCGUGUAGUAGUGCGCGUUCUUCCGGCGCUCAAGUUGGCCAUGGACGCGUAG